UGAAUGAACUUAAAACAGUAGAGCUAAUUUUAGUUUUCUUCUAUUUUUUUCCAUGUUUAUCAGAAUUGGAAGCGAUAGAAGCUUGUAAUUGGUUGAAAGCUGCAGGAUUUCCACAGUAUUCCCAACUCUACGAAGAUGGUCUUUUCCCCAUUGAUAUCAGUAGUGUUCAAGAGGAUCAUAAAUUCCUUGAUCCUGACUCAAUUCAAGCAUUAUUCAGGCGACUCAAUACCUUGAAUAAAUGUGCAAAAAUGAAGGUUGAAAACUUGCCAAGGAAAUCUAUUCAACCUCUUGAGGAAAGUGAUGAAGAACAGUGUGCACUUAGUGAAAACUGGCAAUUUCAGCUAACUAAUCGAAGAUGGUCUCGAAUUCCUUCACCUCUGGAAGUUAGCAUUGCUGUCAAUAAACACCUGAACACCUCAAAAGACUAUAUCCCUGACAACCAAUUUACAAGUAGUCAUGAUAGUGUGUUUGUGGACGAUAACCAGAGUAGUCCUGAUAGUCUAGGAGGAGCAUUUUCUGCAAACUAUGAAGAACAGAUGACUCAUAAUUAUUUGCCUGUCACAAUGGAUGAAGACCAUUCUACUUCUGGGUCAGGAGAAUCAACUAGUUGUGGUUCUGAGAAAUCAUCAGAUCUUUCUGAAAAUGGUAUUGAAAAUUUUUACCGUAAUGGAAGUGAAAGGUUUAAAGACAGUGCGAAAGCUUUACUAAGGAGGAUUGAAAGUCUUAAAGUAAAGCAUAAAAAGAAGAAUCAGGAAGCAGUAGUUGAUGGAGAGCAACACAUCUCUAGGGGACUAGCUAGUGAUUCAUCACCAGGUAGUGAAGGAGAAAGAAGCUCAGCUAGCAGUUUGGCUCCUUCUCCACAGAUGUCUUGCCAUAAAAUUUCACAAGAGACUUCAUCUGAUCAUAGUUCUCUUCAAGAUGAAGAAUCUGAUGGAAGUCAACAGAGCACACCUCAAUUACAACACAAAACAAAGUGGCACACUGCUCAGGUGAAUGACUUGAAUGCUUUUAGUGAUUCUGAGUCUUCAACACCAAAGUUAAGUCGUCACUUGAAAGAUGCAAACAGUAAUAUUGCAGAAUAUGGCAAAAAAGAACAGUUAAGUGGGCCAGGUAAUAAAGUCAACAAUGUAUUUCUUGGUAAAGAUUUAAGUGGAAUUAAAGAGAAUGAGAAUUGCAGUUAUAAAAAUAAAAAAUUCCACAAAAGUUACCUUGACAAUAACUCUUCAAAUAAACCAGUAAAGCAUCUGCCAACAGACAUCUCUAAGCAAAAAAGAAAUGAAGAACAAACCAAACAAGUCAACAGCACAUCAAAUCCAAUCAUUGUUCUCAGUCGGACUUCCUCAGUUGAACAGACAACUAAUAGGCUAAAUAGAAUAUUUACAGCUCCAUUUCUAAGCCAAACAAAUGAUGAUCAAACACCUCCAGAAUCCAAUAGCGUGUUUUACACUUCCCUUACUCCUGAUAACUUUGAAAUGGAGGUAAACAGUUCACAAGAUGAAACUGAAAGAUCAACAAGGGAAAGACGAGAUUCUGGAGUUGGUUCUUCUCUCACUAGAAGCUCUUUGUAUGUUCAGAGUUCAACAUCACAAAUUAGGUGGCACUGGUUUCCAUCCAUUCGACGUCAAAGCUCAGUUAGUAUUCGAACAGUAACAUCACAUGGCCUUCAUAUUAGCAGUCUAUCAGCUUCACAGUUAAUGAAGCUGAGGAAGCUAGCACUUCUGAAGUUAACAUCACUUAUGGAAAAGUACAAUCCAACAAGCCGAAGUGGCUGGAACUGGGGUGUUCCGAAAUUCAUUCGUAAAAUACGAACCCCAGACUAUAAAGACAAGGUUGUGUUUGGUGUACCACUACUUUUGAUUCUUCAGAGGACAGGACAGCCUCUUCCUCCUUCUAUUCAGGUGGCUAUUCGCUACCUUAGGAAGACAGCUUUAAAUGCUGUUGGCCUGUUUCGAAAGUCAGGAGUACGAUCUCGCAUUCAAAAGUUGAGAAACUUGAAUGAUUCCAAUCCAAGAAACAUAAGUUAUGAAAACCAGCAAGCCUAUGAUGUUGCAGAUAUGCUGAAACAAUAUUUUAGAGAACUACCAGAUGCUUUAUUGACCAAUAAACUAUCUGAAACAUUUAUCAGUAUCUUCCAGUAUAUACCAGUGGAGAAUCGGAAAGAAGCAAUUCAAGCUGCUAUUCUUUUGAUGCCUGAUGAAAAUCGUGAGGUUUUGCAGUCUCUGCUUGCAUUCCUCCAAGAAAUUUCUCAGUGUUCUGAUGAAAACCAGAUGACAGCUACAAACCUUUCUGUGUGCUUUGCACCAUCACUGUUUCACCUAACAAUUCCAAGAAGUGCUAGUGCCAGUCCAAGGCGAAGGAAAGUUGUUGGAGUUCCAGAUCAAAAAGAGCUCAGUGAGAACCGUGCUGCCCAUGAGUGCUUAACAUAUAUGAUUAACAACUACAGGCAACUGUUUUCGGUAAAAGAGGACAACCUCAGACUAGCCAAUGCUGAACAAUUGGAACCUCCAACAUUAGAAGAACUUGGAAGCCUGACAAAUCCGAGAAACUAUAACUGGAAAACCCAUGUUGAAAUGUACCUACAGGGAUUACAGAAGGAAGCACGUGACAAAUUCAAAAGUUGGUUGGUGGUUCCUCAUAAUGACUGUGUGGAAGUAUCAUAUAAAAAAGUAGAUGAUGGACAUCCAUUGAGGCUAUGGAAGGUAUCUGUAGAAAUUGAAGCUCCCCCACUAGAAGUACUGAACAGGAUACUGAGAGAGAGGAAUGUAUGGGAUGAUUCUUUAGUUAAAUGGAGAGUUGUGUGUAGAUUAGAUAACCAAUGUGAAGUUUUCCACCAUGUCUGUAACUCUCUCGGUCCACAUCCACCUCGUGAUUAUUGUGUUCUUAGAUCCUGGAGAACUGAUUCACCCAAAGGUUCUUGUAUGCUUGUUGAAACAUCUAUAGAUCAUCCAGAUGCUCCUCCGUUACCAGGCAGUGUACGAGGGGUUGUCCUUGCCUCACAUUUCUUAGUUGAACCAUGUGGUGCAGGCAAGUCUCGUUUGACUCAUAUCAGUCGAGUGGACACUCGAGGAAGGUCACCAGAAUGGUACAACAAGGCCUUUGGUCAUAUUUGUGCCCUUCAACUCAUCUGUCUUCGAGACUCUUUCAAACAUGGAACAGAAGGUCCCGAGACAAAAGUCUGAUUCAAUAAGUGUGAUUCACUUAUUUACUCCAUUCCAAGAUUAAUAACAUUUUUUCUAAAAGGCGGGUUUAAUUAAGAAAGUCAUCAACAGUAUGUAUAGUCUCUAACUAGUCAUGGUCUUUCAAUGUUAUUAUCAAAACAUAAUGUAAAACAGGAGUAUGUAUAGAUAUCUUCCCUUUUGUACAUGGAACUAUACAUUUAUGUUCCUUAGAAACUUUUCAACAAGGAAGAGCUUGCUUGUGAACUUUUGUGAUAUAUAUUUUGAAUCAUCUGGAACCAAGAUGAGUUGAUGGAACCUGUCAUAUAUAAGCUCUAUAUUCUCAUCAGCUUUGUACAUAAAAUGAAUAAUCCACCAUAACAGGUAGGGUUUUUGUAAACUGGUAAACACAGCUGUGAAAACGUUUAAUUUUUGCUUUUUUUCAAUUGACAAUGCCUUGUAUAGCUGCUUGCAAUACUUUUCAAAAUAGCUCCUGCUUAUGUAACUUUCAUUUUUAUUUGACUGACAAUCCAAUAAAAAAAUCUCUUAUUUUUACUAUACAGAUAAUUUUAUUUUGACUAAGACCUAUUAAGCACCCCUUUUAUUAAUUUGUUUAUGAAAAUAAUAGGAAAUUAAUACACGUAAUUGAGGUCAGUUUUAGUGGAUACAGAAUAAGGUAAUGUUGAUAGUUGAAUGUCAUACAUAUGUACUGAACUCUGUUGAACUUGAUGAAGUCAUUUUUUCAGUGUUGUUAUCACACUUCUUUUAUUCACUAAUACACAUGAUUUAUUACUAAAAACUUAUUUAAUAUGCAUACAUAUCUUUAUAACAGAAAGUAUAACUUCACUCUUCUAAACUUUCGAAGUGUGUGCGUGCUAUUAUAUAAAAUAUUUUUUCUCAUUAUGAAUAUUAUUUGUAUGAUAAUUUUAAUGCAAAUGGCACUUAUAUUACUUACCCCUUUUCCAACCAAUUUAUGUUUAUUUCAAAAAUACUUAGAGAUAUUAAAAAUUUCAUGCUUUAUAGUAAACUCCCAAAACAAAGUUUUCUUCUGAUUCUUUAUAAAAUUAACUGUUUAAAGACAAAGUUUCUGUUUGUAAUAGAUGACUUAUUACUGAUAAUGCACACUGGACAUGGUUUGGCUGAUCCAAUAUUUUUUUGAGUUUGAACUAGUUUUUUUUUUAAAUUAAUUCUUAUUAUGCUUGUAUUCUUAUUUUCACACUUCUUAAAAUUUGCAUCUUUCCCUUUGAUAAUGUGAGCUGAAAAUUAUAAGUAUUCCCCUGAAGAAAACAACAAGAAGUAAAAUUACACUUUGUUUGUUCACACACAUUUGAAUUAUUGGUUAAUUUCUGUCAUCCUAUAAAAUUUAUCCUCUGUAAAAAAGUAACAGUUUAUCUUCAUUAAGUUCAUACAAUGAUAUUAAAUGAUAACAAAAUUAAUCUUAAAUCCCAAAUUCUGCAAGCAGCAUCCAAUGCUAAGCAAAUGAUAGAUAUACUUUUUUGAGCAAAUGGGCAUUAUAUCCAAAUACAAGUGUCCAUUGAGAAAGUUCUUUACUAUAGGCAUAUUUGUUGUUAUCUGUUAUUACAGAGUUUCAGUGCUAUGUGUACACUGAUGUUUUUAAUAUAUUUUUUAGAAAUGCUUAAAAUUUACAGUUAGUUCUUGUUUCUGCACUUAACCUAAACCAGCUUUUAUUAAAAAUUUCUUGAUGUUAGACACGCUGAAGAGUUAUGUAAUAAAAACCUGUGCCAUAAUGUGCACAUUUAAAUGAUAAUACUAAAACUAGUUUAGCAGGACCACCUGAAUCAGAUGUUGACUAAGAACAUAAUUUUGAUUAGUACAGUUUAUAUACACACUGUUUUAAUGAAGGACCAUGUACAUAUGCAUAGCUGUAUUAAUAGUGUAAUUGUUUUCUAUAUUGUAUAUAUUCAACUAGUUCUUUCUCGUAAAAUGUAUGAAAACUAACUGAAAAAGUACAUAAAAUAUGAACCAAGGCUUAAUUAAGCAGGAUUAUUUUAUUCUUAUGAAGGUAUGACUUAUUCUUAACAUUGUAUAUAUGUUUGUCCAAGUAGAAACAGUGUUAUUUACAUAUUUCUCCCAAAAUAUGGAUCCUCUAAGCAGAAUGUAUCUUCAGUUAUCUUGAACCAGAAGUACUGAGUUCUUAACUUGAAGUUUGGACUCAAAGUAAAUGUUAAAAUUUUUGUACAGAUUAUUACUGUAGGUUGAGAUAGUCAUUCAUUGUGUGUGGGGACUUGAAUAUAAUAAAAACAAUGUUAAUGUUAUGAAGCACAUUUCAGCAACAGUUCAUUCAGUUGGAAAUAUAGAGCUUUGUAGAAAGAAAAAAGUAAUUAUCCUCAAAAGAAUUGAGACAAGCACAAAACUUUAUAACAGAAAUGAGUUUAUGAUCAAAAAUACAGGUUUGUUAAAUAAAUUCAAGUUCCUUGGCUAUGUACAUUUUUUUUCAGUGUCUCUGUAAAACAGUCACAUUUAUUGACCUGUCUCAAAUAAUUAGAAAGAAGGUGUUAUAGAUAUAGUCCACUAACAACUACUAAGAUGCCAAAUGUGUAUAGUUUUAACUAUUUGUUUGCCAUUCGUUAUUUGGCCUGAAAAAUCUAUUCUUGUUGAUCUUUAAUCUCAUCAUUACUGUACCAUUGUUCAUGUCAUGUAUAAUACAAAUCUAUUUCUAGUGUCUUAUGACUGUGUUUCUAAAACCCAUUGUGUACAGAUGUAACUAUCACAUGUCUGUGUUAGAAUAAACUUUAUUUAAUAUUUC